AUGUCUUUCCAAGAGGACUUGGAAGACGUGCAUUUGGUUUACGACUAUAAUGUUACGUUGGAAUCUGGAGAACACCAGAAAUGGAGGUACGAAAUUUGGUUUUCUCAUGAGACGAGGGUGACCUAUGCUAUACACGGUGGUCCAAUGGCUGGAAGAUACAAUUACCAAAAAGCGACAUAUCAGUGUAUUCGCCCCAAAGAACUUUGGCAAUGCAAUUGGCUAGAGGAAACGGGCACCGUCGUCUCUCUCGUCUACGACAUCCCUAACAGGAAGAUAACGACAUUGAUCGCGUUUUCGAAAGGGCACUGGGAGCACCCCUUGGAAGCACACGGAGACAAGAGAAACCCGAACGACUUUGCAAGGUGGAGGCAGCUGGCUAAAGAGGGUAUCCAGACAGACAGACAUUUGCUCUCUGAACAAGCUGAUAUUGUCGAGGUAUUUAAAGGACCAGGCGGUCUUGAGCCAAUAGACGAAUCAUGGGAUACUUUGUGA